AUGAAUUGUUGGGAAGUGAGUCAAUUCGGAGAGGCGUUAGCGUCUAAGUUGGCGCUGACGGCGGCCGACGAGUUGGCCCAUCACAACAAGACGUUCAUCACUCAAGUCUCCCCCGAUGUCAGUCGAGUCGACUCAAGUAAUGUCAAUCCAUUGGAUUUCUGGAAUUGUGGCGUCCAAUUAGUGGCCAUGAAUUAUCAGACCGGCGGACAAAUGAUGGAUCUAUACAGGGGUUGGUUCAGUCAAAACGGUUCGUGCGGUUAUGUAUUGAAACCGGCGUUUCUUAGGGAAAGAUUCUGUUUGUUUAACUCCAGACGGAAGGACUCGUUACCCGGUAUCGAUCCGUUAUGUAUUAGAUUGAAAAUAAUAAGCGGCCAACAGUUGCCGCGUCCGAGAGGGGCGUCGAGUAAAGCGACGUCAAUAGACCCGUACGUAAUGGUCCAGAUGUUUGGCGUUCCGGCCGAUUGUGCCGAAGCGCGGACCCGAACCGUCACUAAUGAGAACCCCAUUUUCGAGGAGAGCUUUGAGUUCAACGUAUCGGUGCCUGAGUUGGCUCUCCUCAGGUUUGUCGUACUCGACGACGACUAUAUCAACGACGACUUCAUCGGCGAGAAUGUGGUUCCCAUUGAAUGCAUACAAAGCGGUUAUAAACACAUCAGACUUCAUAACGCGAACGGCGAGUGUCAGCCGACGGCCACAAUCUUCGUCCAAAUAUCUCUGACCCAUCGCUACGGCUCUAAGCAAAAGCUGCGACGGAAGAGGAGUUGGUCUCAGAAACAGUCGACGGAUUUGCGGUCGAUUGGCGUCAAAUCGAUUGACGAACAAUUUAAAAGCGCCUCAACUUUAAUACACGAGUCAAUCCAAUUGAGAAGAAGUGUUGAGAAAGUGAUCAUUGAUUUGUGCGAUGAGUGCUCUCUGCAAGAGUCGGCAAAUAUGGCCCAAUGUCUUCGAGUUGUGACACUUCGGUUGGCCUCCACUUCUACGGUCCAGUCGUGUGAAGUCGUUACCACCGAUCAGGGCUAUCCGGUACUGAGAGCUACGGGAGAGUUGACACCAAAGCUAACGAAGACAAUGACUACUGUGGAGAAAACCGUCUCUGAGUUCUAUUACGUGACACAAAACGCUAAGAACACCAUUGAUAUGUUGUCUGAGAUUCACGAAACAGUCGUCAGUCUUGGGGAUCAAUUGCCAACUCUUUGUACGAAUCAAAGCAUUAAAGGCAGAAAAGCCGACAAAAUCGCUGAGAACUUCAUGUGGGAUAUGAGUGUCUUGAGGACUGAAAUGGAUUUGUUGAGAGCCAUCAAAAACGACUGCGAGUGUGCCUUAAAACAAGUCGAGAGGUUAGGGCUUUCGUUGAAGAGAAUAUUCUUGAGAGAGCGCGAGAGCAUGACGUCGAGCUCAGCGAAAGACCCGUUGGCUGUGCCGGUGCUGACCGGCGCCACACUUAUGCCUCAACCGGAGCCCAAACAGCCGCCGCCGUCGCCCCUAUCGCCAGGCGAUGGCCGCCUCCGAAGUAUACUCAAGAAGACUUCCCAAUCUUCCAGUCCUUCAGCUUUAGAUCAAAAUGAGUCACAUUUUCACGAAAAUGUUUUUCUCAGUAGCGAUGAAUCAAAUGCUUCUAAUUCUCCAAAACUCAAUAAUAGCUAA